GCAGAGAAUUUAAUUAAAUUGAAUGUUGGAGGGAAGAUCUUUACUACCACACGUUCCACAAUUAUGAAGAGAGAUAACAUGUUAAAAGUAAUGUUAAAUUCAGAGUUUAAAAUUGAUACAGAUGAUAAUGGUAAUAUAUUGUUUGCUGAUCGAAACCCUGAUUACUUUCAGUUAAUUUUAGAGCAUUUGAGAACUGGU